AUGUCGGUUCGUCGGUGGUUUAAGUGCGACAUCUGUGGUUCGGCGUACAAGUUUGCCCAUCAGUUGAAAGUUCACAGCAAAAUUCACACAUCCCUUUCGGAAAAUUCGCAUAAGUGUCCCAUUUGCGGCAAAGGUUUUAUGCUUAACAUAUACCUAAAGAGACAUAUGGACAGGCACAGCGACGAACGUUCGCUGAAGUGCGACAUCUGCGGUUCAACCGACGCGAAUGGUUUAGAAACGAAUCGUUCUGAUAAUGGUGAUCAGCGGAAGAAGCUUGUUUGUGACUUUUGCGGCAAACAUUACAAGUCAAAAUAUGACCUUCAGAAUCACAAGAAAAACCACACCGGUGAAAAGCCAUUCAAGUGUGACAUAUGUAGCAAAACUUUCUUCACUUCCCACCAACUAAACUGCCAUAGAAAAUGGCAUACAGAAGAAAGGAACUUUGAAUGUGACAUAUGUGGCAAAUAUUUCUCAUUAAAAACACAAAUAAAGGCCCACAUGAAUUGCCACAUUACGGAGCGGCCACACAAGUGCCUGGUUUGCGGAAAAGCGUUCAGAAUCAGAUCUUGGUUCGCCCGUCAUAUGCGCACUCACAGCGAUGAUCGACGGUUCAAAUGUGACAUCUGUGGUUUAGCAUACAAAGAAAGAAGUUCCCUGAGCGCUCACCGAAAGAGGCACAUUUCUAUUCCUGACCGUCCGUACAAAUGCCACAUUUGCCAGAAGAGUUUCAUCCUACAUCGGACGCUCUUGAAGCACAUGUACAGUCACAACGAUGAGAGACCCUUCAAAUGCGACAUUUGUGGCUCAACGCAUAAGUCCAAAGAGACACUCAAGACACACCAAAAUAUUCACAGAACCAUUUUGGAUUAUCCGUUCAAGUGCCAAAUUUGUGCAAAAGGUUUUAAAUUUCGUCAUGCGCUUCUGAAGCACAUGUCCAGUCACACGAAUGAGCGACUUUUUAAAUGCGACAUCUGUUGCUCAACAUACAAAUCAGCUCAAAAUCUAAAAAAUCACAAACAAAUUCACACAUCCAUUUUGGACAAGCCACAUGAUAGGUCACAUAAAACAAUUGACCUAGUUAAAGGAGAUCUUCCGCACAAGUGUGACAUUUGCGGGAAAACUUUCAAACAUCGCAGCGGGCUUGCAUCUCACAUGUACAGUCACAACGAUGAGCGACCCUUCAAAUGCGACAUCUGUGGCUCACCGUACAAAUCAGCUGCCGACCUGGAUAAGCAUAAGGAAAUUCAUGCGUCCGUUUUAGGAACUCCGCAUAAGUGUCCCAUUUGCGGCAAAGGCUUCAUGCUUCAAAGUGCCCUCCAGAGGCACGCGCAAAGCCACGAUGAACGUCCGUUCAAAUGCGACAUCUGCGGUUCAACGUAUAAGUCCAAAAGUGGUCUACGUGCUCACCGGAAAGGUCACACCGCCGUCGAGUCAAAAUCGUUCCGAUGUGAAGUUUGCGGUAGAACGUAUAAGUCGGAAGGUGGCCUGCGUACUCACCGGAAAGUUCACACGCCAUCAGUUCAGUAG